AUUCAUUUGUUAGUCGUAAGUGAGCAAAAUGCUUAUCCGACAUUUAUUUAUAGUUUUAUGUGUGUACCAAUUAAGUGUUGGAACUGAAAUAAAACAGUAUUUAAAGUUUAAUUUAAAUGAAAGCAAUGGCGUGUGCGGUAACACAUCUGCUUGGAUACAAGGUUAUGGAAAUGACAAAAUCAGUGCAAUGGUAUUGACUCCAAGUGAAAAAAUUAGUUGCAUAGCAACUGAUAAGCUGUCAAUACCAACUGGAGAAUUGGUAGCUGAAAUAGGUACGCAGUCAGCUUCAAUAAAUGAUAGUGUGUCUCUAUUAGUGUAUAAAGAAUUUGGUGAAAAUGAAGAAUUAGCAGGAAGAGCGGACAUUAUCACUUCAGACAGAAACUAUUACAAUGGAUUUCAUACACUUAAAAUUGAUGUUAAAGAAAAUAUUGGCUAUGUUGUUCUACUUGGAAGUAUUUCACAAGCAUCUAGCGCAAUCGUUCACUCAGUAUAUAUUAUAUCAAAAGAUGCACAUGGACACGAAAGGAACAGCAAAGAUGCCGUACCUGAUUUUACUUUGUCACCUUUAUCAUACCUAGCAGCUGCAAGGCCAUCUAGAACAUUAACAAACACAAUCACUGAUCCUGACGGGACAGACUCUACUACUGAUUCAACUACUGUAAUGGUGCCCACCACAACAGAGUCAACCACUCUAACUAUACCUACCACGACUGAAUCAACUACCACUGAGUCAACCACUGUGACUGUACCCACCACCACAGAAUCAACUACCACAGAGUCAACAACUGUAACUGUGCCCACCACCACAGAGUCAACCACUGUAACUGUGCCCACCACGACUGAAUCAACUACCACAGAGUCAACCACUAUGACUGUACCCACCACCACAGAAUCAACUACCACAGAGUCAACAACUGUAACUGUGCCCACCACGACAGAAUCAACCACUGUAACUGCACCCACCACGACAGAGUCAACUACCACAGAGUCAACCACUGUAACUGUGCCCACCACGACAGAAUCAACUACCACAGAAUCAACCACUGUGACUGUGCCCACAACAACAGAAUCAACUACCACAGAGUCAACCACUGUGACUGUGCCCACCACAACAGAGUCAACUACCACAGAGUCAACCACUGUGACUGUGCCCACCACCACAGAGUCAACUACCACAGAGUCAACCACUGUAACUGUGCCCACCACGACAGAGUCAACCACUGUAACUGUGCCCACCACGACUGAAUCGACUACCACGGAAUCAACCACUGUAACUAUACCUACCACGACUGAAUCAACUACCACUGAGUCAACCACUGUGACUGUACCCACCACGACAGAGUCAACUACCACAGAGUCAACCACUGUGACUGUACCUACCACCACAGAGUCGACCACUGUGACUGUGCCCACCACGACAGAGUCAACUACCACAGAGUCAACCACUGUAACUGCACCCACCACGACAGAGUCAACUACCACAGAGUCAACCACUGUAACUGUGCUCACCACGACAGAAUCAACUACCACAGAAUUAACCACUGUGACUGUGCCCACAACAACAGAAUCAACUACCACAGAGUCAACCACUGUGACUGUGCCCACCACAACAGAGUCAACUACCACAGAGUCAACCACUGUGACUGUGCCCACCACCACAGAGUCAACUACCACAGAGUCAACCACUGUAACUGUGCCCACCACGACAGAGUCAACCACUGUAACUGUGCCCACCACGACUGAAUCGACUACCACGGAAUCAACCACUGUAACUAUACCUACCACGACUGAAUCAACUACCACUGAGUCAACCACUGUGACUGUACCCACCACCACAGAAUCAACUACCACAGAGUCAACAACUGUAACUGUGCCCACCACUACAGAGUCAACCACUGUAACUGUGCCCACCACGACUGAAUCAACUACCACAGAGUCAACCACUGUGACUGUACCCACCACCACAGAAUCAACUACCACAGAGUCAACAACUGUAACUGUGCCCACCACGACAGAAUCAACCACUGUAACUGUGCCCACCACGACAGAAUCAACUACCACAGAAUCAACCACUGUGACUGUGCCCACCACCACAGAAUCAACUACCACAGAGUCAACAACUGUAACUGUGCCCACCACGACAGAAUCAACUACCACAGAAUCAACCACUGUGACUGUGCCCACAACAACAGAAUCAACUACCACAGAGUCAACCACUGUGACUGUGCCCACCACAACAGAGUCAACUACCACAGAGUCAACCACUGUGACUGUGCCCACCACCACAGAGUCAACUACCACAGAGUCAACCACUGUAACUGUGCCCACCACGACAGAGUCAACCACUGUAACUGUGCCCACCACGACUGAAUCGACUACCACUGAGUCAACCACUGUGACUGUACCCACCACCACAGAAUCAACUACCACAGAGUCAACAACUGUAACUGUGCCCACCACCACAGAGUCAACCACUGUAACUGUGCCCACCACGACUGAAUCAACUACCACAGAGUCAACCACUGUGACUGUACCCACCACCACAGAAUCAACUACCACAGAGUCAACAACUGUAACUGUGCCCACCACGACAGAAUCAACCACUGUAACUGUGCCCACCACGACAGAAUCAACUACCACAGAAUCAACCACUGUGACUGUGCCCACAACAACAGAAUCAACUACCACAGAGUCAACCACUGUGACUGUGCCCACCACAACAGAGUCAACUACCACAGAGUCAACCACUGUAACUGUGCCCACCACGACAGAAUCAACUACCACUGUGUCAACCACUGUAACUGUGCCCACCACGACUGAAUCAACUACCACAGAGUCAACCACUGUGACUGUGCCCACUACGACAGAAUCUACCACUGUUACUGUCCCUACUACAACAGAAUCAACUACCACAGAGUCAACCACUGUGACUGUGCCCACCACAACAGAGUCAACUACCACAGAGUCAACAACUGUAACUGUGCCCACCACGACAGAAUCAACUACCACAGAGUCAACCACUGUGACUGUGUCCACAACAACAGAAUCAACUACCACAGAGUCAACCACUGUAACUGUACCCACCACCACAGAGUCAACCACUGUAACUGUGCCCACCACGACAGAGUCAACCACUGUAACUGUGCCCACCACGACAGAGUCAACCACUCUAACUGUGCCCACCACGACUGAAUCGACUACCACGGAGUCAACCACUGUGACUGUGCCCACAACAACAGAAUCAACUACCACAGAGUCAACCACUGUGACUGUGCCCACCACGACAGAAUCAACAACCACUGUGUCAACCACUGUAACUAUGCCCACCACGACUGAAUCAACUACCACAGAGUCAACCACUGUGACUGUGCCCACAACAACAGAAUCAACUACCACAGAGUCAACCACUGUGACUGUGCCCACCACGACACAAUCAACUACCACUGUGUCAACCACUGUAACUGUGCCCACCACGACUGAAUCAACUACCACUGUGUCAACCACUGUAACUGUGCCCACCACGACUGAAUCAACUACCACAGAGUCAACCACUGUAACUGUGCCCACUACGACAGAAUCAACCACUGUUACUGUCCCUACUACAACAGAAUCAACUACCACAGAGUCAACCACUGUAACUGUGCCCACUACGACAGAAUCCACAAUUACUGAAACGGACACUGAAACAGUAGUAACUACGGAUGCAACAACGAUCCAAACUGAGGCUACAGAAACUCCAGAAUUAGAAGAAACUGGACUAACUCCUUUUACUAUAACAGUUAUUACUUUGGGUUCCGUUUUUGGAGGGAUUUUUAUUAGUUUUGGUGCUUGGUAUUUUGGUGCUUGCAACACUUGUUUCCAAUUCAGCCCAAACACAUAUGAUAUCGCUACAAAUGUUUAAGUAGGUUGCUGAUUGACUGUUUAAGGCGACGAAUUGGUAAACAAUAAUUCCAUAACCGGCACGCGCACCUAAGGGGCCAAGAGGGGACGGAGCGUCUGAGCGGGGCGAGGAUUACAAUAUGCGCGCUAGCUUAUAACUAAA